AAAUGCUCCCCCAGCUGUUUCCUGUCUACAGUGUCUGUGUAAUGUAGAUAAAUGUGAGGAUUUUCUCUAAAUCCCUCUUCUGUUUGCUAAAUCUCACUGUCACUGCUAAAAUCAGAGCAGAUAGAGCCUGCGCAAUGGAAUAAAGUCCUCAAUAUUGAAAUGUGACAUUGCUCUCAACAUCUCACAUCUCUCUGGAUUUCUUUUUUCUCAUCAUUACUGCUAACAAAUUCAUUUCCAGACUUUGCACUUUCAAGAAGCAAUGGAAAAAAUCAACAGUCUUUCAACACAAUUAGUUAAGUGCUGCUUGUGUGAUUUCUUGAAGGUGAAGAUGCACACUGUGUCCUACAUCCAUUUCUUCUACCUUGGCCUGUGUUUGCUUACUUUAACCACUUCUGUUGCUGCUGGCCCAGAGACACUCUGUGGUGCUGAGCUGGUUGAUGCUCUUCAGUUCGUGUGUGGAGACAGAGGCUUUUACUUCAGCAAGCCCACGGGGUACGGAUCCAGCAGUAGACGCUUACACCACAAGGGAAUAGUGGAUGAAUGCUGCUUCCAGAGCUGCGACCUGAGGAGGCUGGAGAUGUACUGUGCUCCGAUAAAACCGCCCAAAUCCGCGCGCUCCGUACGCGCCCAGCGCCACACCGACAUGCCAAAAGCACAAAAGGAAGUGCAUUUGAAGAACACAAGUAGAGGGAACACAGGAAACAGAAACUACAGAAUGUAAGAACAUGCCAUCCACAAGAAUGAAGAAUGAAUGUGCCAUCUGCAGGAUACUUUGCUGUAAAUAAAUUAUUCGUUAAACAUUGGAAGACUUAAAAAAACCUUUGUUUUAAAAAGCUUGAUGCAAUUUCAACCAAUGGGCAUUCUCCCAGUGAACAAUGCAACUAAACAUUCCAAUAUUAAGUCUUUAGAGAACAGAACAUUUUAACCAGACCAGAGCUAAAAAAAAUUCUGUGGUUGAUAUAUUGCUGUUUGUUAACCUGUUUUAAAUGUCCUGCACGAAAACUCAAAGUCCUGUGCCCCUCAAAAGCCUACAAAUUUUUGGGCUUUUGAUGGAUCCAAUUGCACUAAAUUAACCUAUGAACACUGGCUGCUGGAGUCAUUCAUCAGCCUUGUCUAAGUGGUGGUUUUUUUAUUUGCACUUCUUAACAAGCAACAGGCUGUUUGUUUUACAGUGUCUGAAAACAUUGUUUGUCUACCCCUUCAUAUUUGCACAGUUUUACAUUCCCAGUAACA